GCAGUCGCCAGACAGAUCCGCAAGCACAAAAAUAAAAAAAAAAUCAUAAAACCCUAAAAUUCCAAUCUGCGUCUUCCCCCCUUAGUCCAACUUCUCCUCCGCUUUUCACUGUUUUCACCCUCUCUCCCCCCCACUCUUCUCUUUUUCCUCAUUUUGUACUCUCUCACUCCACAGUAGUAGGUAUUCAGUGGACAGAAACAGUACCUUCCCCUACCCCCCUUGAUUACAUUUUUGAAAACUCCCUUUUUUCACCAGAAUAAUUCUGUGUUCCAUGGAUUCCCAAGAAUCACAAGCGGGUCACCACCAAAAUCAACACCAUCACCAAUCCCCACACCCCCAUCUUCAUUCUUUCCCUCAACACCACCAAAACCAACACCACCAACAUCAUACACCGCCACAUGGCCAUCCUAUGAUGAUGGCACGACCCCAACAACAACAUCAACCCCCACAACAUCAACAUCCACAACAUCAACAACAACAGCACCCACAACAGCAGCAACAAGCCAACUCCUAUGCUGUAUCCAACAAUGUUCCAACACAUAACAACAACAAUUCUUCUGCCAUGAUGCAACAGCUUCAACACCAGCAGCAGCAGCACCAACACCAGAACCAGCAACAGAAUUCUGGGUUCCCCUUUAAUUCAGUGGCGAAUACUGCUUCUGCUUCUGCAGUCCAACAACCCAAUCUUGAUUACUCAGAUGCAUCAUCUCCUAGGGCAGCUACUACUGGGUUCAGCAUUGAGCCUGCCAGGAAGAAAAGGGGCCGACCCAGAAAGUAUUCUCCUGAUGGUAACAUUGCUUUGGGUCUCUCUCCUACUCCUGUUACCCCUAUUUCUUCUGUGGUGCCGACGAAUACAGAUUCUGGGGGUGGUGGUGAUGUGGAGGGUACAUCUUCAGAGAACCCGUCCAAAAAGGCCCGAGGAAGGCCUCCUAGUUCUUCAAAGAAACAGCUUGAUGCUUUAGGUGCAGCUGGAGUCGGCUUUACGCCCCAUGUGAUCACAGUGAAUGUUGGGGAGGACAUAGCAUCAAAAAUAAUGGCCUUCUCCCAGCAGGGGCCACGUACAGUUUGUAUACUAUCUGCGAAUGGAGCCAUCUGUAACGUCACCCUUCGCCAACCAGCAAUGGGAGGUGGCACUGUGUCCUACGAGGGCCGAUUUGAAAUCAUCUCCUUGUCAGGUUCCUUCCUGCGGUCGGAAAGUAAUGACAGCAGCAGAGCAAGUGGUCUAAGUGUGUCGCUGGCUGGUUCAGAUGGUAGAGUAUUGGGUGGUGGAGUUGCAGGAAUGCUUAUGGCUGCCACACCCGUGCAGGUAAUUGUAGGUAGCUUCAUUGCAGAAGGAAAAAAGCCAAAGUCUAAGGCACCAUCUUCGACACCACCAUCCAAUAUGUUGAAUUUUGGUGCUCCAGUCACAGAAACGAGCCCUCCUUCUCAGGGUGCCUCGAGUGACUCAUCUGAUGAAAAUGGCAACAGUCCUUUCCACCAUGAACCUGGACCCUUUGUUAAUGCUGGCCAACCUAUGCAUGGUAUGUCUAUGUUUGCAAAUAUGGGCUGGCCAAAAUCACUGUGAAAAAUGCUUCCUUAGUUGACAUGGCCAAUGAUAUUUGACUUUCCUCAUUCCCUACAAUAGAGUUGGCAAUAUAUUCGCGAUGCUAACAAGCAGAGUAUAGGCGUUUCUUGAGUUCUCGACUUGAGCUUAUUUUCCUUCUUUUUCCCCCCUUACCUUUCCCCACUUUAAUAUUUUUCCUUUUGGUAUGUAGUUGAUUUGUACUAGCUGAGGUAAAAAGCAUGGCUGAUUUACAGAAAGCCAUUUUCAUGGUCGCUUAGGUGACAUUUGCUUGAGUAUUUGUUUUAACUUUGUAACUUCUUUUAGGAAUUACUCCCUCCGUUCACUUUUA